AUGGAAGAAGAGUCUAGCGAAGACACUCAAACCUUGGAAUUUACACAUGAUGAUUGCAAUAAUAUAGGUAAUGAAAUGAUCUUGUCUAAUGAGAAUCACCAUACAUUAUUGUAUUCAGGAAGGAAGUAUGAAUCAUGGGAAGCUUACGUACCUAUGAAUCAAAUUUUACUAAGACACUAUUACAAAAAAAAUUGGUUGUCCGUUUGUUGUCAUCCUUCUCAAUGGUAUGAUGACAACAAAGAUGUUAAAAAAGCUAUGCAAGAAAUGUUUUUAGUUGCUGACAAAUUUAUACAGGAAAAUAUCACUUAUAAAUAUGAUGGAUUUUCCGAUUCUAAUAUGACUUUAUGUUUAUUUAAUCAAUACAAUAAUGAGUUUUGUGAAGAUAGACUAACAAUUAUGGAACAGAAACUCAUCUAUAGAAAAUUACAUAGAAUGUAUAAAAAAGCGUUAAACAAAGCUUUAGGAUCUAAUUCUAAAUUAGAACAGCUUAUCAAUCUGUUACAAGAAUUCACAGAAGAUGGGGAAUCAGAUUUCGAAGAGUUAAAUGAAAUUAAUGAAACUAAUCCAGAGGAUGAAAUAAUUGAUAAAGAAAAUGUUGAUCCUUUAACGCCAAUAUUGCGAAAUCCGAAGAAAAGAAGUGGUAAAGGACGACCAUUGGGUACUAAAAGGUUUAAGUCAUCCACUGAGACUCCUAAACCUAAGUCAAGAAACUAACGAAAUUGCAGAAAAUGUGGGAAGGUUGGCCACUAUCAAAAAAAAUUGCAAGGUACUAUAUCAUUAGCGUAUGCAAAUAUUAUGGUUUCUUACGCAAGUUACAUUAAAUUUUAUUUCUAUAACUAAGAACAAGAAAUUUAACGUCGGGAAUAAUUAAUUAAAAUGCAUGAAUAGAAAUAAUGUAUCAAUAGAAAAAAUGUAUUAAUCGAAAGAAUGUAUCAAUAGAAAGAUAAUAGUAAUAUGUUAAUAAUUGUUAAUAAUUAAUUUGUAUAGUUAUUGCUUUGCUUU